UGAGCCCUUUGAAUAGUUUGUGUGUGUGUCACGACUGCCCGGGUUCUCGCACUUCGACACCACUCAGGGCUCGCCCGUGGUUGACAGCGCGUGGUUCGCGCUGGACCCUCAUUCUCGUCUCCUCCUCUUUCCCUUCUCUCUCUCUCUCUCUCUGUCUCUCUCUCGCUUUCUCUCUCUUUUCCUUCUUUCCUCUACUCCGCUCAUUCACGAGGGCUCGCUCACCAACUCUACACGAAACAGGGAUGCAGCGAGCGCAAGGCGCAGCCUGAAAAAUGGCACGAGUCUUCCCUGGGAUCUAUCCAUCCCUUUUCAUUUUCUCCCCCUUUCUUUUUCACGCGUUUGCGCCAUGUAAAGGCUUACGGAAUUACCCGGAUAAUGAAGUGACGCUGUUGGACUCCAUGUCUGCUCUGGGAGACCUGGGCUGGGAGGCAUACCCUGCAGAGGGGUGGGAAGAGAUCAGUGUGAUGGAUGAGAGGAACACUCCCAUGCGUACCUACCAAGUGUGUAACGUGAUGGAGGCCAGUCAGAAUAACUGGCUGAGGACGCGACACAUCGCCCGCGACGGAGCCCAGCGUGUCUACAUCGAGAUCAAGUUCACCCUCCGAGACUGUAACAGCCUGCCUGGAGUACCUGGCACCUGCAAAGAGACUUUCAACAUGUUCUACUAUGAGUCUAGCAACGCCAACUUGUGGUUCAUCAAGGAGAGUCAGUACAUCAAGAUAGACACCAUCGCUGCUGAUGAGAGCUUCACACAGGUGGAUGUGGGAGAUCGUGUGAUGAAGCUCAACACAGAGGUCCGUGACAUCAGUAACCUGAGUAAGAAGGGGUUCUACCUGGCCUUCCAGGACCUGGGGGCCUGCAUCGCUCUGGUCUCUGUCAGGAUCUUCUACAAGAAGUGUCCCUUCACCGUGCUCAACCUGGCCCAGUUCCCCGACACCGUCACCGGGGGCGACUCAGCCCUGGUGGAAGUGCGAGGGGUGUGUGUGAACGCCUCCCAGGAGUUUGAGACUCCCAGGAUGUACUGUAGCGCGGACGGGAGCUGGCUGGUGCCCAUCGGGAGGUGUGUGUGCGAGCCAGGGUACGAGGAGCAUAAGGAUGGCUGCCAACCGUGCAGACCAGGCUCCUACAAGGCCUCAGCGACCGACGCCUACUGCACAAAAUGCCCGCCAUAUAGCUCCUCACACCUGGAGAGAGCCUCCGAGUGUGUGUGUGAGAAAGGCUUCCACCGCGCAGAGACGGACCCACGCUCCAUGGCUUGCACACGUCCAUGUUCUGCUCCAGAGAACCCCAUCUCCACUGUCAAUGAGACGUGUGUCACACUAGAAUGGAGUCCCCCUCUUGACAUGGGAGGCCGAGGUGACAUCACCUACAGCCUCCACUGCAGGAAGUGCUCCGGCGACCGCAGGAAGUGCACGCCCUGCGGUAACGGCGUACAUUUUGUGCCGAGGCAGUUUGGUCUCUCUGUGACUAUGGUGAUGGUCACUGACCUGCAGCCACACAGCAAUUACAGCUUCACCAUUGAGAGCCUGAAUGGAGUUUCUGACCUGAGUCCUACACCCAGAGGAGCUGUGAUAGUUAAUGUCACCACCAGCCAGACAGUGAGUGUAGUCCUGAAGGAGAGGAGGAGUAAGGACAGUAUCACUCUGGCGUGGCAGGGCCCUGACAGACCCAAUGGAGCCAUAGUGGAGUAUGAAGUCAUUUAUUAUGAGAAGAACCAGAGAGAGCAGAACUACACAGUCCUAAAGACCAGGUCCAAUGUGAUGACUGUAGACGGUCUAAAGCCUGGUACUACAUAUGUGUUCCGUGUCCGAGCUAGAACCGACGGGGGAUACGGCAACUAUGGAGGAGAGAUAGAACUGGAGACCAGCCAUGAAGACAUGUUGGCCAUAGGAGACCCUAACCAGUCUACUAUCCUGGCUGUGUCCAUCACUGGAGGCAUCGUACUGCUCAUCUUCCUGGUGGCCUGCUUUGUUGUCAGUGGCAGACACUGUGGGUACAUCAAAGCCAAGCAGGACCCUGACGAAGAGAAGCUGCAGUUUCAACAUGGAAGAGUCAAACUUCCUGGCAGUAAGAUAUAUAUCCAUCCACACACCUAUGAGGAUCCUAACCAGGCGGUCAGAGACUUUGCCAAAGAGAUUGAUGCUUCCAGCAUCAGUAUAGAGAGAGUCAUCGGAGCGGGUGAGUUUGGGGAGGUGUGUAGUGGUUGUCUUCGACUCCAGGGGAAGAGGGAGAUCUACGUGGCCAUAAAGAGUCUGAAGGCAGGAUACGCUGACAAACAGAGGCGGGACUUCCUCUCUGAGGCCAGCAUCAUGGGACAGUUCGACCACCCAAACAUCAUCAGACUGGAGGGUGUGGUCACACGAUGUAAGCCAGUGAUGAUCAUCACAGAAUUUAUGGAGAAUGGAUCCCUAGAUACCUUUCUCAAGAAACAAGACGGUCAGUUCACAGUGAUCCAGCUGGUGGGCAUGCUGCGGGGCAUUGCGUCGGGCAUGAAGUACCUGUCUGACAUGAGCUACGUUCACCGAGACCUGGCCGCACGCAACAUCUUGGUCAACAGCAACCUGGUGUGUAAGGUGUCUGACUUCGGCCUGUCACGAGUACUGGAGGACGACCCUGAGGCAGCAUACACCACACAGGGAGGGAAGAUCCCCAUCCGAUGGACGUCUCCAGAGGCUAUUGCCUACAGGAAGUUCACAUCAGCCAGUGAUGUGUGGAGCUACGGCAUCGUCAUGUGGGAGGUGGUCUCAUACGGAGAGAGACCCUACUGGGAGAUGUCCAACCAGGAUGUGAUCAAAGCGAUAGAUGAGGGUUACCGUCUUCCGGCCCCUAUGGACUGUCCUGUGGUCCUCCACCAGCUGAUGUUGGAAUGUUGGGAGAAGGGCCGCAGCGAACGGCCUAAGUUUGGCCAGAUCGUCACCACCCUGGAUAAGCUGAUCAGAGACCCAGCCAGCCUCCGAGAGCUGGCCAACAGCUCAUUAUGCAGGGAAGACCCGACCACUCCAGAGUUCAGUGUGAGUACGAUGGAGGAGUGGCUGGAUGCCAUCAAGAUGGGACAGUACAAGGGGAACUUCACCAGUGCUGGAUACGUCACCCUGGACUCUGUCCUCUACAUCAGCAUCAGUGAGCUCGUUAAGAUGGAUGUGACCUUGGCGGGUCACCAGAAGAAGAUCAUCUCCAGUGUCCAGAUCCUUCAGUCUCAGGGGACCCACGUCCAAGUAUAACAGUUUCCCUAUAGAGACACACUGGGAGGGAAAGCCAAAAUGGAUGCUCUUCUCUGAGUUUACCCAUUGAGACACACUCAGAUUGAGCCAACAUGGACAUUCUGGGUUGGGUUUCCCCAUACAAAGACACUGAGAUGGAGCUGUAAUUUACGCUUAGCUCCUUUAUUUCCUCUUUGUAGUUUCAUCAUUCCACCUGUCCUGGAUGUUUUGAUAGCGUAGGCACUUCCAGCUUCGGUCCACGCCUUCAGAGGCCUAGCAACCCAGCAACCUAAGAUACCAGGCUACAACCAAGACGUCUUUGUCCAUAUCAACAACAACAAUAACAAAGCUAAAAAAUAACAAAAAAUAAAAAUUUGAUUAUAAUUCUCAACAUUGUCUGUGAAGUUUCGUGUACAGUUGUUUUUAUGGUUGUUUCUUUUUUCAUUUUUUGAUUAGCUUUGUUAAUUUUCCACAUAAUUCACAUGAUCAAUAUUGUAUAUGUAUAGAUAAGCGUUUACAAGAGGUGUGUGUGAGUCCGCCAGUCUAGAAAGUAAAGUUGUUAUCGCCAGGCAACGCAGGUGUGCUUUUCCUUCCUGGUGCAUGUGUUGUCAGGCCUCUCCUCUUUCUCUAAGCCCCUCCCCACAACACUAUAGGACCAAUCAUGAUGUGUGGGGGAGAUAGGAGGGAGAAAUAGAAAGAUGUGAAAAUAUGAGAUGGAGAUGUCUAUUCAUGGUCUCAGAAGACUUCCGUUGCGUUUGGCCAGGGAUAGAUACAUGUAGGUCUUCCAUAGCCACGACUUCCAGACUCACCCAGUUCACUUGAAUGAGAUGCCCUGCCAGAUUUAAUUUAGUACAGCCUACAGCAGCUACCCAUGUGUAACUCUGUGUCGUUGUAUGUGUCGAACUGCUUUGCUUUAUCUUGGCCAGGUCGCAAUUGUAAAUGAGAACUUGUUCUCAGCUUGCCUACCUGGUUAAAUAAAGGUUAAAUAAAAAAAUACAAUAAAAAAUAGGUUGCAGUUAGUCAGAAACCUGCAGUUCAAUACAGUGUUAGUACAUUUUCUGCUAGAGUUUGCCUUUGUGACAGAAGAAGAGCAAAGUAGAUCAUCUGUGAAGUUGACACUGUUUGCAAUGUAUCUCUGUAUCUCAGAUGUUUCUCCAUGUAUAGUUAGUAUUGCUCUGAUAUGUUGGGCCAUGUCAGACAAGCAGGAUUGGUUGUGAGGUAGACUUGACUUGAGUGAGGUGAGUGGUGGUUUUUGCCUCAUUUCACCCCUGAUUAAUGUGGGUUUAGUCACAGUUUGUGCUAACCACCUCUGUUCAGUGACUAAUAUGAGUUCAGUCACUGUUUGUACUAACCACCUCUGUUCAGUGACUAAUAUGGGUUCAUUGACAGUUUGUGCUAACCAUCUCUGUUCAGUGACUAAUAUGGGUUUAGUCACAGUUUGUGCUAACCACCUCUGUUAAAUGACUAAUAUGGGUUUAGUCACAGUUUGUGCUAACCACCUCUGUUCAGUGACUAAUAUGGGUUCAAUCACAGUUUGUGCUAACUAUCUCUGUUCAGUGAUUAAUAUGGGUUCAGUCACAGUUUGUGCUAACCACUGUUCAGUGAUUAAUAUGGGUUCAUUCACAGUUUGUGCUAACCAUCUCUGUUCAGUGAUUAAUAUGGGUUCAAUCAUAGUUUGUGCUAACCAUCUCUGUUCAGUGAUUAAUAUGGGUUCAAUCAUAGUUUGUGCUAACCAUCUCUGUUCAGUGAUUAAUAUGGGUUCAAUCAUAGUUUGUGCUAACCAUCUCUGUUCAGUGAUUAAUAUGGGUUCAAUCAUAGUUUGUGCUAACCAUCUCUGUUCAGUGAUUAAUAUUGGUUCAGUGGCAGUUUGUGCUAACCACCUCUGUUCAGUGAUUUCAACUGCUUCCAAAUCUAUGAGUCAAGCCCUGCUAACCUAAUUUCCUGGAUAAGUAAAAAACAUCAGUGUUCUGUACUCAACAGAACAACAUUUACUGCAUAUCAAAACCAACAUCCCCCUUGAUUUGGGAAGGGAAGAGUGGCGUUAUCCUUGAAAACCUGGUUAGCGGUUUAGUUUGAAAAUUGUCAUCAUUGUGCACUGUACCGCUGUAUGUAUCUGUUCAUGAUAACAGUGUUAUUUUACUACCUGACAGGACUACAAACACAGCAACAUACAGUAAAUACCAAUGUACCAUAAUGUAAAAUAUGUACAGUGUUGAAUUGAAACUCUAAAAUGUUUGUCACAAUAAUGGUGAUGAUGAUGAUGAUUACGUUGAUAAUCAUGGUGAUUAUAUACUUUUAUUCUGAAGGAGGAUCAUAGGAGAUGAGGCAGCGUGUGAUUCGUUGACCUGAUCUAUGGAAUGUACAUUGCGUAGCAUGAGUAUUAAGGUUCGGCCUCUGAUUGACCGGUAACAGGGGGUGCAGUUUUCCCUCGGGUGGACGACCCGAGGAUGAUAAAAGUUAGAUGCCUUAUUUACUGUGCUACCUUUCUUUUCUGUCCCCCCCCUCCCUAUGGAGUUAUGACUACUGUAUACAGUUUUAAUCUUUUUCCCCGAGGUGACGUCACAGAAAACAUCUGCUUUUCGAACUGAAAACACCCCAACUUUUAGCACCUCUGUUAUUAUUCCUAAACUCUAUACUGCUGCUGUCCCACUGGGCACACACCGGUUGAAUCCACAUUGUUUCCACGUAAUUUUAACGGAAUUACGUUGAACCAAUGUGGAUUAGACAUUGAAUUGGGGUAGGGUAGGUCUACCACCUGUUUAUUGGAGACUGUAAUGAAAAGUACAUUAGAGAAUAAUUUGUUCUGUUUUGGUUCAAUAAUUAUACUUGUGGGUUUAACUGUGUAAGCUAGGUAGUGAAUUUACAGCAGAGAACCUUUAUAUCCAGAAGCUAUUUCACGUGGUUCCAAUGUCUCCCACACAGACACAAACACACAACAUGAUGUAGAGGAAAAAAUCCAACAACUAAAUGAACCUUUGUCUUUCCCGGAGGGGUCUCAGAUAACGAUGUACUAGCAGAAGAUGAUGUACUAGCAGAUGAUGAUGUACUAGCAGAUGAUGAUGUACUAGCAGAUAAUGAUGUACUAGCAGAUGAUGAUGUAUUUCAUUACCGUUAAAUGGAUUGAAUUGCCAGCAUCCUUUUGUGUUGUCAUCAAUUCGGUUAAAAUGUUCAACAAAGGACAGCAGCAUUUUUCCUCCUUCCGUUCAGAUUUAGGAAAUAUGUGGUUGGCUGAUGAAGGUUUACCAGUCUGUCAGUACUCAUAACUUUGGUACUUUACACAUUUUGACAUUGUCCUCCUUUGGUAAGCUUGCCCAUCCCCAACCAGAGGUCAUAAACUUUGACCCAUAAACCCUAACCCCUGAUUCUCAGCCAGGCUCUGAACCCUUUCACUUGGAGUUGUCCCUAGACACUGUUCCCAUGUCAGUUUGUGUUUCGCCUCUAACAGUUGAUGUUAGGAUAUGGGAAUAGUAAGAGAGACUUCUACCCCAAGCUAGGCCGGUUUUAUAAAUGUUCCCAAACUGAUUACUUGUGAGAUUGUUCUCUCUCUCUCUCCCUGAUCUCUCUUCCUUCCUGACCUUGGUCACAUCAUGUUUCAUCAUGGUAGAUUUAUAUGCGCUUGUUCAGAGUGUACGCAUUCUAAAGUCAUUCAUGUCGCUGUAAUAAACAGGCUAAUAUUUCUUAUUUCUCA